AUGGCGCGAUCGCGGACAGUCAGGGACAAAGAGGGAGGGGAGAAGGAGAAAGCCAAGGCACAAAUAUCAAUGGACCCAGACAGCCGGAAACGCGUAGGAGAGUCGUUAAGUACACAACGCAGCGUGCCGAAGUCGAGGAACCGCAAGUCUCGCGCAGCAUCAUCUUCACCAGCACCUCGGCACAGCGCCCCCAAGAAGAAAUCCCACCGCAGAAAAGACGAAGGCCCCGAGAAGGUAUAUUCUUUGGCAGAUCCUGGAAUACUCGAUCAGAAGGAAGAGAAAGGAAAGGUCUAUUACCUGGUCAAUUGGGCCGAUGAUCCAGAGACCGGUCGAAAGUUCGAUCCAACUUGGGAACCUUAUAACUUCGUAACUCCCGACGUCGUCGCAGCUUGGCAGAGCAAGAAGUCACCGGUUGGAGGAACAAGGGCGGAGGGUGCUUCGGAUAGUCAACAACGACAGUUCAUCGACCUGACAGAAGAAGACGACUCCAUUCAAGACAGCCAGCCUCCCCGUCCAGCAAAACGCCGCAAGAUUACACACGGCCCCAAUCCAACGUCAGAAGAACAAAUCCCCGCGAAGAAACCAAGAAAAGCUGGCACAAUUGAAUCGGCGAGAUUCCAAUCUGUUUCCCAAGAAUCUGUGGCUCAAGAAGAGAGACCGAAUGAGAUCAAGGAUAGUUACGAGGAAGAGCAGCAGUUGAGAUUGGCUGGAGUUGGGAACGCGAGGGUUGAGAUUCCAGGGCCACAAGAGGGUUUUGAUCGUGACGCCUACUCCAGGGUGGUCACAUCAUCCCAACCUUCUCAACCUUUGUCCACGUCCCAACUACCGCAAACCUUGCAAUCGCAAAACCUUUCUUCAUCACAGCUGCAGACUCCAGCACCGCGUCACAAGUACUCCUCCCUCAUCUGGGACGAGGACAUUGAGGGGGUGGUUCCAGAUUCGCAGGAGCAGCCGGGAUCGUCCUCUUACAAGCCAUCAGAGACCCCAAUCUCCAAGACUGUAUCAACUUCGCCGGAGAAUAGUGAGGCCCCCACGGGGACAGAUUUCGUCGCUAGGCUUGGAAGCACUCAAGUGACGUCUGGUGAAGACUUUAGCCCUUCUGCGACAGUGGAUAGUGCAUCUGCAGAGCCAUUCUUCACUCAAGCAAGCUACGUAGACAAAGGAGCGCAGUCCAGCUCUGUGCAGACCGCAUCAAGCGCAGCACCAUCCUCAGCUCGGAAUCAGAUUUAUGCUUCUGCCCAGGAGUUGAGGGACAAUCAAGUCCGAGAGAGUGAGCCUCUGAACGUGCCUCCAAUACCUGAGAACUCCCCUGUGCAGCUUGAAGUGGAAGCAUCCCCUUUGCAGGACUUAGGGACAUCAAUAGACACUUCGCUGCACUCAGUUGUCACACCAGCAUCGCAGGGAUUCCAAGCUGUUCAACGUUCCAGCGGACUUCCAGAUACGACUGAAUCGCUGCACCACUUCUCGCCCCGUCCAGCAGAAGAGCAAACUUCUUCACCAGAUUUGCACUUGUCUUCAGAUUCUUUUCUUCAGCCUGACGAGGCGAGAUCUAAAGAAGGAGAAUUUCUGAAGUCACCAACAUCACUUGAUGAGAUACCAUCUUCUCCACCCAACCUGCCCACCUCUCAAAAUUUUCUCCCUUUUCACAAAGCUAGCACUAUAGAAAAGGACACAACUCAUCAGCACUCGCAGCCCAGCCAAUCACCACAACCAGAGGUUCAGACAAGUUCAAGCAUAGAAUUUGGAACCCAGGUACCCCUUGAACAGGUCGAGGACGCCUAUCUUGUUCCAUUAUCAUCUUACAUACGUUCGUCUUCCAUCGCUCCAUCUCCGGUGCCUUUGGUUGAAAGUCACAUUCCAAUCAAAAGACCCGCAAACCAGCUAGUCUCAUCUUUAGAGAGUGAGCAGUCACGAACAUUACGAGAAGAGUCCUACCAGCCCCCAUUGCUCAGUGAAAGACCACUCUCAACUUUGGAGGGUGCGUUACCCGCUGGUAUAGCAAGUCAAGCUUCACUCGCGGCGCCAGCAACGCCUGUUCAGACACCUCGAGACGACAUUGAGGAAGGCUCGGCAGAGACAACUAGCAUUGGUGCAGACCCACCUUUUCUGAGUAUAAAUACGCAGGCCUCGCCUUCACCUUCAAAAUCCCAAGGUCUUCCGUCGCAAAGAGGGCCAGAGAAGCGGAGUCAAGAGUCUUCCAACAGUCUUCCAAGUCCUCCGUUCGAGAAGACAGAUUCGUCUGCUGAACAAUUUGCGCAGUUCACAUCCCAAAAUCAACCUUCGUCACCGCUUCAGCACGGACAAAGCUUAGAUAUAGCUGGGCAGCAGUCUUCUCCAGAAAGACCUUCGACGCGACAUCAAUCAAUUUUGACCUUCGAGACAAGAACCUUUAAGCAAUCCCAGUCUCCGCAACCCGCCCGUCAAACAUUCGCACCCAGACAAUACGAACAAACAACUGGAGCUAGCGGAAGUUGUCGUUCUCCCAAAGCGUCUGUCACAAUUGAUUUGACAAUGGACGAUCCACCUGUCUCCACUCCGACUAAGCCGGACAACCCCGUGUUGGCGAAGCUGAAAUUGAGGAAGGCAGAGGCUCUUGCUAGGAGAGCUGCAGAGCGAGAACGAGCUACGAGUGCUUCGAGAUCUCUUCCUCAAUCACCAGCUCCUCCUUCGCCCGCUCUUCAGUCACCCGCUCUUCAAUCGCCAGCUCGUUUGUCGCCGGAACCAGCAGCAGCAGCGGCAGCAGCGGCCGGAGCAGUAAAAAAUGUCGCCGUAAUUGCAAACCAGGCCCUGCCCUUGCAGCAAACGAUCGAGGAAGUUGCGCCCGCUCUUAAGCCAAUUGUGUCCCCAAAAGCUUCCCCUGAGGCCGAGGCCGAGCCUGAAGCAGAAUUACCAGUGACAAGUUUGCGCAUUCUUCUCCAAGACCCAGAGGAAUAUGCGAUUCCGUUACCUAUGGUCUCGUAUGCCCGAGAUGUCUAUGUGAAUGCGAUCAGGGCCCGUAAGAGCCAGAGAUACGCUUUUCUCACGGACGAGGUGUUCGACUCUAGCUUAGUGGGGGAGAUUGACGCUAUGAUGGACGAGUUAGACCAACUUUGUAGUCACCAAGAUCUGAUUGAGGAUGAUUUUUCGACACAGAGGAUGGAGGUGGUUGAACGGCAAGCCAAAUGGGCAGAAAAUGUCAGCACGAAAUGUAUCUUCUUGGCCGAGUUUCUGUCCUUGAUGCAAACGGAGGCCAAACAAAUUGCCAUUCUCGUCCGUCCUGGCCGGAUGCUUGAGAUUCUCGAGGCACUCUUCACCUGGCAUGGCUUUGUUUAUAGUCGAGCUGAUCGGCCAGGCUACACCGGAAAUACUUCUGGUGGUCCAAUGCAGAUCAGUCUGAUCCCCACCCGAGGGGAGAUACUUGAAUUCGAUCCUCCGUCGGUUGUGAUCGCAUUCGACUCGACCUACACUUCCGUGCCGUUCCUGAAAGGCUUACGGGCCACCCCUACAUUUCCGAACAAGCUUGUACCACUUCUCUCUCUUGUUGUCACCCAUUCGAUCGAACAUCUGGAGAAGUGUUUCCAGCCAAACCUUGAGCCGGUGGAGCGAAAGAUCAAGCUAGUCAGCUGCUUAACGCAGAUAGCAGAUGGCGUCGGCAAAUUAGGCAUCGGAUAUCUCGAUCCUCCACUUGCUGCGAAGGCUGUUGCUGAAUAUGUGGUGAAUAGCACCAUUGAUGGCACGUGGCCUCUGCUUCCAAUGCCUGAUAUUGAGGAUUUGAAACUGGACAUCGACAGCUCCCAACCACAGCAACCUCAAGAACAGCCGACUGACAUGCCAUCAAGCGAUACAUCUCUGGCGCAAGUGUCUCAAUUUGGCAUGAAGCGUCAAUUGGAGAUUGAAGACGAUGCUGGCCGUGAGUCUCCCAAAAGACAAAGAUUUACUCCAAUCCCUGGUGAACCAGACCCUACUCACGUCAGUGAUACGGUCCUUCAUACAUCCUCACGCAAAACUCCAUCAGCUUCUGCAGAAUUGAGCGAGACGAUGGAAAAGGCGAACACUUUAGAUGACGAGCAGGGUGCCCAGGUCUCGACCCUCCUAAAGAAGGUCACUGAUCUAGAAAUCCAGCUCCGAAGCAGAGAAGCAACUGAAUCCGAGCUACGACAGUCGAAUCAAGACCUCGAAACCCGCUGUCAAGACUACGAAUCAAGUAUUGCGGCUAUCCAACCCAAGUACCAAGAAGCACUCAACGACCGUGGUGAAUUCGAACACGAAAUGAACCUCGCCUCGGAUCGACAAACACACCUACGAAAAGAACUCGAGAAUAAAGAUACUGAAGUCACUAAACUCCGAGAGCUGAAAGCUACUCUCGAGAAAGAGCUUACCGAAGCACGAAUGGCCCUCUCUUCUUCCUCGAUCCCCGAGAUCGCAGAAAUGGGAAAGAUGAAAGAAGAUCUCGCCAAGGAGAAAUCUGAGAAGGAACGCCUGCAAAAACGCUUGACGAACAUGCAAGGCGAUCUCGAGUACAUGCGCAACAACUACCAAAACUCCUCGACCCUAGCCGCUGAACACGCAUCCGAGAACCAAGCUUUGCAAGUCGAGCUUGCACAGUUGAGAGAGAAGGACAAGCGGGACAUGGUGCGCAUCCACGAGAUCCAGAAGAAUAGCGAGGUUGCAGAGUACUUGCGACGGGUGAAGCAGCUAAAGGAGCAGAAUUCUGAUUUAGAGCGGGAACUGGAGAAGAAGCAAGAGGAGCUAAGGGCUGUGAUGAAUGGUCGGCGUGCCACGAGGGGUACCAGCGUCCCGCGAAGUCCUAGAAUGGGUACUGGUGGCACCAUGUCACCGAAUCCUAGACCGAUGGGCAGAGCAAUGCAGAUGGGUAAUAUCGGAAUGGCGAUGGCGGGUGGAAAUGGUGGAAGUCGUGGCAAUAGUCCGGCACCUGGAGACCUAGGUGGCUUCCGUGGAACGGGGACUUUCGUUGGAGAGGCGCUGUUCCAGGAUAAUCGCGGGCCGGGCGGAGUGAGAUGGGGAAAUCAUCUGCAGCAGUAA